AUGGAAGAACAAUUUACGGCACCAAACCCAUUAAUUUGCAUUAAAGAAGAAUUUAGGAAAAAAAUAAAAUUUGUUAGACAUCACUCUGAUAGAUACAAGAGAGUAAAGCCAUCUUGGAGAAAACCAAGAGGUAUUGAUUCUAAUGUAAGAAAAGGUCUUAAUGGACAAAGGAAAAUGCCAAAGAUUGGAUAUAAGAAACCUGAUGUAGUUAGAUAUCUUUUACCAAAUGGAUUGAGGAAGUUUAGAAUUUACAAUACUGAUGAUCUUGAGCCACUGAUUUGUUUAAAUAGAUCUUAUUGCGCAGAAAUUGCUCAUUCUGUUGGUGCUAAGAAAAGAAUUGCUAUUGUUAAUCGUGCUAAAGAGUUAGGAAUACAUGUUACAAAUGCCGAAGCACGGUUAGUUGAAGCUAUUCCCGAAUAA